UUUGAUCAAAGCGUUUCGAUGCAUAGCUCUAUGCGUAGUUUAGCACUCGUUUUAUACAAAAAUAUCAAUCCUUUUUAAAACCACAUGUCAAGCAAUUCCAAAACUUUGACACUCACCAAACAAGGGAAAAAUUCGAAUUCUAACACCAUGAGCUCAACGAAAUCUUUUAAAGAAGUUGCAUCUUCAUCAAAUUCUAAUUUGACAACCUCCUCUAACAUCGGUAAUUCAUCUCAUCAAAAACACCAAAAAUUGACUAAAGAAGAGGAAAUAUUAUUGCAAGAUUUUAGUCGCAAUGUCAGCACAAAAUCAUCGGCUCUCUUUUAUGGUAAUGGCAUGAUCAUAACCGCCAUUCCCGCUUGGAUUUUUUGGAGAAUAUAUCCUGUCGAACCAACCAUGCCAUUGCUAAUGAUGCUUUUCGUUAUUUUGACUCUUCCGGCAACCUUCCUGAUGGCUUAUGCCUAUAAAAACGUUAAGUUUGUCCUUAAGCACAAGUUCGCUCAGAAAAGAGAAGAAGCCGUAACCAGAGAAGUUACUAGUUCUCUCACUUUUGGUAGUUCUGCGGCUAAAGAUAAUUCAUCUGUCGCCGUCACCAAUAAUUUAGACGAUGUUUCUCCAAAUAACAUGGGCCUAGCCAACGCUAUAAACACCAAGAAAAUGAUAUCAAGAAAAGACAGAGACGAGCGAAUAUUAUGGAAAAAAAACGAGGUUUCCGAUUAUGAAGCUACGACUUAUUCCAUAUUUUACAACAAUUCCCUCUUUCUCUUGUGUUUCUUAGUUUGCUCCUGCCUUCUAUUGGCCUCUACCCACCCGCCAAUCAAUUACGCCUUGUCAAUGAUCAUUGCUAGCGGACUAACAGCCCUAUUCUCAACCGGUACUUCAUAAAUUAACGAUGAGCCUAAAACAAGAUAAAAAUCAACUUGAAUAUAGGCAUUUAAUGAAUUACCAAGCCUCAUGAUUUAUGUAUUCCUUUACCUAUUUUUUUCGUCAAUAUUUUGAUUUAUAUUAAAGGUAUAUGUCGAUCUUCAUUAUAUUCCAUUUUACUGAUUACCUUUUUUUAUUUAUUGGAUAAUUAUAUUUCC